GUUAGUUGUUAUUAUCUUACUAACACUAACACCACCACUGGUACUAGUAGUACGCUAAUUUUAUGUAAUUAUACUAUUAGUAUUACUACUAAUACUAGUGUUAGCUAUAGGCCUAAUACAGACCUUUUUGUUUUCUCUGUCAUACAGAACUUUGUUAGUUUACCUGAAGAGAUAAAAUUAAUAAUUUGGUUUUAAGUGUAACCCUAAAAUAGGAAGUUGUGUAAAGCUGAUGAAAAUCUUUAAGCUAUAGGCCACUGUCAACACAGUUGGUGUUACCAAAACCAGCAGAAAAUGCAGUGUGUGGAAGUUAAACUUGAACUUGGUCAUCGAGCCACAAUGAGAAGUAAGCCUACAGUUGAAGGAUUUACUCAUGAUUGGACAGUGUUUGUACGUGGACCUGAAGGAUUUAGUAUCCAGCAUUUUGUAGAAAAGGUAGUUUUUCAUCUACACGAGAGCUUUCCAAAACACAAACGAGUUAUCAAGGAACCACCUUACCAAGUUUCAGAAUCUGGAUAUGCUGGGUUUAACAUGCUCAUUGAUGUUCACUUCAGGAACAAAGAGGAACCAAAGAAAGUUGAAUUUGAGUAUGAUUUGUACUUAAGGUUGGAAGGACCUGUUGCCAAUACAAGAGGAGAGAAGCUCACUUUCCAGAAUCCCACAGAGGAGUUUAGGAAGAAGCUGUUGAAAGCUGGAGGAGUAAGAAGCUUCCAUACGUUUUAGAUGAUAAACAAGGUUGAG